UAGGGUUUUUCAGCCUCAUUGGGAAGGUAAGGAUUUCGUGAGAGAGUGACACAGAUAGAGAGAGAAAAAAUGUUAGCAUAUACAAUACAAUGACCCAUUUCUUCUCUCUGUCCGUACACUUCUAAAGGGUUUCUUCAUUUCCCAGUUUUUCUAUAUAUAUAAUGACCAAAGCAAAGCAAAGAUACCCACACACCACCACUCAUCAGUGAGAGAAAAAAAAAAAUGGCUCUUUAAAGUUUAUCUGUCCGUACAUAGAGUCAGCCAUUUUUUCUUUGAGCUUUGAGCUUUUUGAGAGAGCCGAAAUUAUACAACAACAACAACAAUGACGUGGUCUGACGGUGUGACUGAGUCAACCCAGAGGCCACAGACUCGCCCAACUCAACUCCCUUACUUGCCUCCACACCUCAGAAACAAGUACAACAAUGGUGCUAUUUCCUCCAUGCCCACUUCUUCUCUCAACGACGACUAUGCCAACAACAACGCCAACUCGUACGGCUUUACUACUGAGUCAACUCAACUUCCACUCGGACGAGGAGGUCGUGGUUACGGCCACCGUGGCCGUGGUGGUGGCCGUGGAGGACGUGGACGGUUCCACCAAACCCAAGAGCAAGACCCGUACAAUAUAGCUUCCAAAUUUGGGGAGCUAGAGGUCAACGUUGACGACGACUCACCAGAGUCAACGAAUUUCGCCGCCUACGAGGACAUUCCGGUGGAGGUGAGUGGGUCGGAGGUACCAUCGCCGGCGAGUAGCUUUGAGGAGAUAGACUUGGGUGAGAGUCUGAAUAGGAAUAUAAAGCGGUGCAAGUACGUGAAACCCACUCCGAUUCAGCGUCACGCUAUUCCCAUAGCCUUGGCUGGUAGAGACCUCAUGGCUUGUGCCCAAACUGGGUCUGGCAAAACCGCUGCGUUUUGCUUCCCAAUCAUCCACGCCAUUCUCAAGCUCAACCGUUUAUCAAAGCCGGGUCGGGUCGCUUUCCCGCUCGCUCUCAUUCUGUCCCCGACUAGAGAGUUGGCUUGUCAGAUUUAUGAGGAGGCGAAGAAGUUUGCGUAUCAGACUCGGGUCAGGGUCGUUGUUGCCUAUGGUGGGGCUCCGAUUGUUCAUCAGUUACAUAACUUGGAAAAAGGUGUUGACAUCUUAGUGGCCACUCCGGGGCGGUUAGUGGAUAUGAUUGAGAGAGCCAAAGUUUCACUUAGUAUGAUAAAAUGUUUGGCAUUAGAUGAGGCUGACCGGAUGUUGGACAUGGGUUUUGAGCCCCAGAUCAGGAAGAUUGUGCAGCAAAUGGACAUGCCUCCAUGUGGUUCAAGGCAGACAAUGUUUUUCAGUGCUACUUUCCCAGAUGAGAUACAGAGACUUGCAUCGGAUUUUCUUUCAAACUACAUAUUUCUGUCUGUUGGGAGAGUGGGUUCCAGCACUGAUCUUAUUGCUCAAAGAGUCGAAUUUGUUCCCAAUAUGGAUAAAAGAAACCAUCUUAUGAACCUCCUUCGAGGUCAAGAGGCAAAUGGAACUAAUGGCAAGCAUGCCUUAACCUUAAUAUUUGUUGAGACAAAGAGAGGAGCAGAUGCAUUAGAACACUGGUUGUCUUUGAAUGGUUUUCCAGCAAUUGCAAUACAUGGUGACAAAGUGCAAAUGGAGAGAGAACGGGCUUUGAAAUCAUUCAAAAGUGGUUAUACUCCCAUUUUAGUGGCAACAGAUGUUGCUUCGCGAGGUUUGGACGUUCCACAUGUUGCCCAUGUCAUCAAUUUUGACUUGCCAAAAGAUAUAGAUGACUAUGUCCAUAGGAUAGGGAGAACAGGUCGUGCUGGUAAAUCUGGUCUUGCAACUGCCUUUUUUAGUGACCAGAACGUGCCUCUUGCAAAGGCACUUGUUGAACUCCUGCAAGAAGCAAAUCAGGAAGUUCCUCUUUGGCUUAAUGAUUAUGCUAAGAGGGCAUCAAAUAUUGUUGGUGGUGGUCGGGCCCGACGGUUUGGGGGCAGCAAGUUUGGUGGAUAUGACUUUCGUAGAGAUGCCCAAUAUGAGAUUGAGAAUGAUCCCUAUUCAAGCACUUAUGGCAGUUUUGAUGGUACUACUUCCUCUUAUGAUCUUUCUCAUACUAAUUCCUAUGCUGCUACUGGUGUUGACUCUUACUCUACUGGUUCAUAUGGGCAUGAAUUUAGUCAUGAAACUGUUGAAGCCAGUGGUUGGGACUAGACUACUGGAGCCUCUCCCUCCGUCUCUUGACUUCUGUUCUCUUGAAGCAGUAUAUCUAUAUAUGGUAAAUAAAAUACGUGAUCAUAGGUUUUGCAUACAAAUAGCUUCUGAAGACUAACUGCAGACUGGAAACAGAUAAACAGAUAAGAGUAUAAUCCUUAGAGCUCCCAAUCUAGAUGAUGUUCAUCCAAAUGAGAAUGAAGCUUUACUGGGUAUUUUUUUGUAGGGGUACAAGGAAUAGUUCUUACUUGUCUCAUUUUGAUCAAAUGCUGUCUAUCAGAGCUUUCUUUUGACUGUUAAACUAUAUUUCUCACCAGUUGAGUACAUCAAGCUUCUACUUUCAGUUGUGAAGGAGCUUUUUGCAAUAUAUGGUAGCUGUUUGUAAUGAGGAAUAUUUUACAAUGUGUAAAGCUUCAUUACUUUAAUAUCAGCAUUGAGUCCAGCUACGAGUUUAGAAUUUCACCCAAGUUAUUUUGAAUGAUUGAUUCUCUUGUUUGGAUUUGAAUUUUUGCUUCAA